AUGUCAGUUUUUAUUUUGAAGAGUUGGAAAUCGACACAAAAAUUGUUUGAAACAUCAUUUAGAGGAACAAACGUAUUCAUUCAAAGGAAAUUUAAAAGUAGUUUGUUGUACAGUAGUGAUAUAAGAAGCUUCCAUAACACAAGGAAGUUUAGUUCAAUCUUAGAAGUAUAUAGACCAUAUUUGCAAAGUAAAAGAUGGAAUUUUGCAAAGAAACAGUUUAUUACAGCAAGAUUUAAUCAUACACUAAAGGAAUCGGGGAAUGUGAACCUGAAAAAUGUGAAUAAAGUGAGGAAUGAAGAAGGUCUAGAGGACAAUAAUUACUCACUUGAGUAUUUAAAUGAUUUGGUGGGUUCAAACACACUCGGAGAUAAAAAUGCGCCAUCAUUUGCCGAUUCAUUCUCAAGCAUAAUGAAGCUAUACUGCGACUCAACGGACCCGAACUACUCACAACCGUGGCAAAUGAGAAAACAAAUUAAAAGCAUAGGAUCAGCAUUCGCUAUAAAGGAUAGGUUAAUACUGACAAACGCACAUUGUGUGUCGUGGCAGAAUCGCUGUCUAGUGAGAAAGCAUGGGUCUACGGAUAAGAAGUUGGCGAGAGUGGUGGCAGUGGGACACGAAUGUGACUUGGCAGUGCUGACAGUGGACGACGAGGAAUUUUGGAAUGAUGUGUACCCACUGGAGUUCGGAGAAACGCCAUAUCUGCACGACAGCGUGACAGUCCUGGGAUACCCAACGGGAGGAGACAACCUGUGCAUAACGUCAGGAGUGGUGAGUCGAGUGGACGUGACGACGUAUUCACACUCAAACUCGAGACUUUUGUGUGUACAAAUAGACGCAGCAAUAAACCCAGGGAACUCGGGAGGACCUGCCCUAAAGGCAGGAAAAGUAGUGGGAGUGGCAUUCCAAGCAUGCGACGAAGCUCAAAACAUAGGAUUCAUAGUGCCCAGCGUAGUAGUAAAACAGUUUCUGCACCAAGUUAUCCAGUUUAAGAGGUACAGCGGAUUCGUUAAUCUUGGAAUCACGUAUCAAGUGCUGACGAACCCAGACUUGAAGUCAUACUUAACGAAGGAAUCAAAGAUUUUAGAUCUAAAUGGAAUACUAGUCUGUCAAAGAGAUAAUUCACUUAAGGGUAAAAUAGAGCCGAAUGAUGUAAUAAUGAAAAUAAAUGGACAUAAAAUAGCAGAUGAUGGGACAGUGCACUUUAGAGGAUCAGAGAGAGUACAUUUGGCAUACUCAUUGACAAAUAAAUUCUGCGGUGAAGAGUGCGAAUUGACAGUACUGAGAGAUAAUAAAGUUGAGGAAAUAAAGAUAAACCUGAAUAAACCUAACUAUUUGGUUCCGGAACACCAAUGGGACGUCAUGCCAAGAUAUUACAUCUACGGAGGACUGGUAUUUGUGCCACUCUCAAUGGAAUAUUUGAAGGAUGAGUUCGGGAAAAAAUUCUAUGAAAGAGCACCCACGUCGUUGCUGAAGCCAAUCUCGGAUAUAUUUGCAGAGGAGGCGGGACAGGAAGUAGUAGUACUAAGUCAAAUACUGGCUUCAGAUUUGACAAUAGGAUACGACUUCAAAAACAUAAGAUUGACCUCAAUAAAUGACCUAAAAGUGUUGAACCUGAGUCACCUGGAGCACGUGCUCUUGAAUGAGACGAAGAGUAAACGCUUCAUAAGGUUUGAGUUUGAACAGGGAAUAGUUAUAGUGCUGGAAACUAAGAAGGUGCCGGACUACGAAGCACAGAUUCUACACCAACACGCAAUAUCGUCACACAAAUCGAGGGAACUCUGA